CCAUCUCUUAUAAAGCACGCAUGUAUGGAUAUAAAUAUGUGCAUUUAAAUCAAAGAGGUGGCAUUUGAGUUCGCAUCUGUUCUCCUCAGUUGGUACUAGAAGACAUCAUGGCCAAGGGUCACCCGAGAGCUACAAGAAGGCUGGCUCUGCCGGGGUUAAUGAUAUUCCUACUGAUCCCCAUUCUCUAUACUCUCAUACUCCGCCGCGGCGCUCACUCCCUUCACCCACUGAAGUCGCAAGUAUCGCCGCGAGAAAGCAGCCUCAGCCUCAGAAGCGAUGGCAAAAGCAAGAAAGAGAGGGGCAGCAGUCUCAGCCUUACGGUCGAGGAAGACGGUGCGGCUGUUGAGGAGUUCAACAAGUUCCUCACGCACAAACUGGCAAGAGGUGAAGCCCAGAGCGAGCUCAGCCAGAAUGGCAUAUCUUGCACGUCUGAUAGGAGCUCCGAUGUAUGCAUCACCUCAGCCGCCGUGAGGAUAGCCACAUCUGCCUCCUCCUCCUCCCACUCGUUGUCCGCAGUCUACCUUGUCGGCAACCAACAAUUGCCUCGCAACUCCGACAUUAUUUUCCGCCCGUAUCCAAGGAAGUUCGACCCUGAAGCAAUGCAGGAAACUUCGCCUAUUCAAAUCGUCGGCGGCCAUCCGAACCCCCCGCCCUGCGACAUCACCCACCCCCUCCCUGCCGUCAUCUUCUCCACCGGUGGCUUCGCCGGCAACUUCUUCCACGAUAUCAACGAUCUCAUCAUCCCCUUAUUCCUCACGACGGGCCACCUCCGCUCCCGCAUCCGCCUCGUUGCCACAGACUUCAGACCUUGGUGGGCGCACAAGUACCGCCGCGUCCUCUCCCGCCUCGCUGCGGAUGAAAUUAUAGCCGCCUCUUCCGCCUUCGCUGACGUCGGCCCUGCCAAAGUCCACUGCUUCCCAGCAGCCAUUGUUGGCCUCAAGUACCACGGAAACCUUGCAUGCAACGUGUCCGACGCUCCGAGCGGCAUCUCCGUGCAGAAGUUCCGUCGCUUCCUCCACGAGGCCCUCUCCCUCAAGGCGGAUCGGGUAGUUCGAGCCGAGGAGCCGACCGUGGUCCUCAUCUCGCGGCGUAACUCACGAGCGCUGCUAAAUGAAGACGAAAUAAUUGAGACGGCGAGAGAGAUCGGCUUCCGCGUGGAGAUUGCCGCUCCGAAGAGAAUGUGGAAGAUGGAAAGCUUCGCGGAGCUGGUAAACGGAUGUGGGGUCUUGAUGGGGGUUCAUGGUGCUGGACUGACGAAUAUGGUAUUCCUUCCGCCGGGGGCUGUACUGCUGCAAGUGGUGCCGUGGGGGCUCGACUGGGCGUCGGAGGUGUACUAUGGUCAGCCGGCACAACAAAUGGGGCUACAGUAUGUUGAGUACCACAUAGAGGUGCAGGAGAGUACCUUGUACGACAAGUACCCAGGGGAUCAUCCAAUUCUCGCCGAUCCGUGGUCGAUCAACAAUCAAGGAUACAACGUGAGCAAGCCGGUGUACGUUGAUGGGCAGAAUUUGAGACUAAAUUUGACGCGGUUCAGGGAGACACUGCUGCUAGCUUUCCAAUUGCUCCCGCGACCAUCGUGAGUAUGCCGAUUAAGGGCGAACAAUUAAUUAAACAAGAAAAAACAAUUCUAUCUGCUCGAUGCCAUUAUGUGAAUAAUAUACCGAGAAAUUAAGUCUUCUUAAAUCUUAAUUAAUACCGAUUAUUAAUUUCUUGUUA